UUACUCGCAGAAAAACCCUAGCUCAGUUGUGCAGUUGCGCGAAAACCCGAACCCUAAGCAUGGCUGAGAGAGGAGGAUUUGGGCGCGGUUUUGGGGGACGAGGGCGCGGCGGAGACCGUGGAGGAAGAGGCCGCGGUGGUCGCCGAGGUCGCCGUGACACCGAGGAGGAGAAGUGGGUUCCGGUUACCAAGCUGGGACGUCUUGUGAAGGAAGGCAAGAUACGAUCUUUGGAGCAGAUCUACCUCCACUCUCUUCCCAUCAAGGAGUAUCAAAUCAUCGAUACUCUUGUCGGGCCAUCUCUCAAGGAUGAGGUCAUGAAAAUCAUGCCUGUCCAGAAACAGACUCGGGCAGGGCAGAGGACCCGGUUCAAGGCAUUCGUGGUCGUCGGCGACGGCAAUGGCCAUGUCGGGCUCGGCGUGAAGUGCUCCAAGGAAGUCGCCACUGCCAUUCGCGGCUCCAUUAUAUUGGCUAAGCUGUCUGUGGUUCCCGUGAGGAGAGGUUACUGGGGGAACAAGAUUGGGAAGCCUCACACUGUGCCUUGCAAGGUCACCGGAAAGUGCGGUUCAGUUACCGUCCGGAUGGUCCCGGCUCCCCGUGGUGCUGGAAUUGUUGCUGCUAGGGUUCCUAAGAAGGUGCUCCAGUUUGCUGGUAUUGAGGAUGUCUUCACCUCUUCCCGUGGCUCUACUAAAACCCUUGGAAACUUUGUUAAGGCAACGUUUGAUUGUCUUAUGAAGACAUAUGGGUUCCUUACGCCAGACUUUUGGAAGGAGACUCGCUUCAUAAAAUCUCCAUUCGAAGAGUAUACCGAUAUCUUAGCCAAGCCAACCACCAAGUUUGUCCAAAUUGAGGAGGUUGCUGAAAAGGUUGAUGCAUAAGCAAGGUUUUAUGCUAGGACUUUUUUACUAGGAAAUGUUUGUUUAAAGAUUUUAAGGAAUUUUGAUCCAUUUAUUUCUCCUUAUAUAAACUCUGGUUCUCUUAUCUUUUUGGACAUAAUUUGAUAAUUUAAUCUGCCAAUCAACUGUAGUGUGUUUAAUUGUCAUUCUGAGACGCUUGAUUUUGUUA